UACUGCGAGGCACUAUUUUCACCAACUCAUCGCUGGGGUGCACUACUGCCACAGCCGUGGUUUUGCCCACCGUGAUUUGAAGCCGGAAAACAUGUUGCUUGACGCGAACGGAACUCUGAAGAUCUCUGAUUUUGGCCUCAGCAACCGGCAGCAGGACUUUUUGCUUGAGACAGUGUGUGGGACGCCCAACUAUGUCGCACCGGAGGUUUUGAUGGAGCGAGGCUACAAUGGGAUGUCGGCCGACAUAUGGAGCUGUGGCGUUGUACUGUACGUGAUGCUUGCCGGACACCUUCCCUUUGAGGAUCGCACCAUGAACGCGUUGCUUGCAAAGAUUGAACGUGGUGAGUACCAGAUGGUCCGCCACGUAUCCGACGCUGUGAAGGACUUAAUUGCGAGGAUGCUGACGGUGGACCCGAAGAAGCGCAUCACCAUGGAGGGCAUCAUCGCCCACCCAUGGUUUCAGGUCGGCUGGGAGCAAGUGAGUGGCGCCAUGGACCAAAGGGUUGACUUGCAGCGACACGUCGUUAUUAACAAAAGUUUAGUUUUUUUUUUUUUUAGCAUGCCGUCGAUCUUUUUUCGAGUUUGUCGUGAUGCCGUGGCGAAUAGUAUCCUCGGUUAA